CCGCCGGAGCUGCCGCAGCGCCGCUCGGAGCCCAGGUGUGUCCAGGUGCGCCCAGGUGCGCUUAGGUGCCCAGGAUGAUGUGCGAGGUGCUGCCCACCAUCAGCGAGGACCCGCGGCGGGGCUCGGGCGCGGCCGAGGAGCCGGGGCUGGAGCAGCUGAUGGUGCAGAUGCUGCGGGAGCGCGAGCGGCUGCUGGAGACGCUGCGGGACACGCAGGAGGGGCUGAACACGGCGCACCUGCGGCUGCGCGACCUGGCGCACGAGAGGGACCUGCUGCAGCGCCAGCUCAACUGCGCCCUGCCGCAGGAGCUGGCGGCGCUGACCAAGGAGCUGAACCUGUGCCGGGAGCAGCUCCUGGAGCGCGAGGAGGAGAUCGCCGAGCUCAAGGCCGAGCGCAACAACACCCGCCUGCUGCUGGAGCACCUGGAGCACCUGGUGUCGCGCCACGAGCGCUCUCUCCGCAUGACCGUGGUCAAGCGCCAGGCCCAGUCCCCGGCCGGGGUCUCCUCCGAGGUCGAGGUGCUCAAGGCCCUCAAGUCGCUCUUCGAGCACCACAAGGCCCUGGACGAGAAGGUGCGGGAGCGGCUGCGGGUGGCCCUGGAGCGCGUGGCCGUGCUCGAGGAGGAGCUGGAGGUGUCCAACCAGGAGUCGCUGUCCCUGCGGGAGCAGCUCUCUCGGCGCCGCUCGGGCCUGGAGGACGCGGCCACCGACGGGGACAGCGCGGCGGAGCUGGAGGCGUCGCUGGGCCGGCAGCGCGUGGCCGCCCUGUGCCGCCAGCUGGGCCGGCUGCAGGACGAGGCCAACGCCGCCCAGAGGGAGCUGGCCCGGGCCCACGAGGCAGGGGCCAAGCUCCAGAGGGACCUCAAGGAGGCGCUGGCGCAGCGCGAGGACAUGGAGGAGCGCAUCACGACGCUGGAGCGGCGCUACCUGAGCGCGCAGCGCGAGGCGACCUCGCUGCACGACGCCAACGACCGGCUGGAGAACGAGCUGGCCAGCAAGGAGAGCCUGUACAGACAGAGCGAGGAGAAGGGCCGGCAGCUGCAGGAGUGGCUGGAGGACGCCAAGGCCAAGCUGCAGCUGACCCUGCAGAAAGCCGAGACGCUGCCCGAGAUCGAGGCCCAGCGCCAGAGGGUGGCGGCGCUCACCAAGGCCGAGGAGCGCCACGGGAAUUUCGAGGAGCGCUUGCGGCAGCUCGAGGCCCAACUGCAGGAGAAGAACCAGGAGCUGCAGAGGGCGCGGCAGAGGGAGAAGAUGAACGACGAGCACAACAAGCGGCUCUCGGAGACGGUGGAUCGGCUGCUGAGCGAGAGCAACGAGCGGCUGCAGCUGCACCUCAAGGAGAGGAUGGGGGGCCCUGGAGGAGAAGGAGAGGAUUGGGGGCACCCCAAAAUUGGGGAGGGGUCUGGGGGGUCCUGGGAAUAA